CAGCGAGAGAGACAAGACGACGAGGAGAGGAGCGGAGAGAGGAGCGCAGAGAGGAGCUGACAGAACGGACGAGCUACGUUACCUCGUGCCAGACGGGGGGAAAAGGGUCGCGUAAAAGGCGGGGGGCAGGUGAAGUCACCGCUACAUCAGGACCAAAAAAAAAGCAGAAAACAGCGACGCCUCGUCUGAGAGGAACUGAACGGACGACGUGCUGCUCACUGUUAACGGCUGCUCGUCCUGUUCACGCUCAGCGGCAGAUCCACUGGAUUUCCAGCGCCUUUAGCCCGCCUGCGCCUCUCCAUGCUCUCCGUUUGUGACUUUCCACAACCAGACAGUCUGUGAAGGCUGAAAAACACCCUUCCCGCGAUUCUGAGCCGCUCUGCUUUCGGCAGCGCUUUAAUGAAGAAACAGACCUGCUAACAAUCUUUCGGAAGGGGACCCUUCAGAACAAGUAUGGGGUCACCAUGGAAACCACUUCUCCUGCUGUCAAUUAUCAGUGGCCUGGCAGAGCUUGCCAGAUCGGUUGCCGGCAGGCCCGUGUCAUACGCGGCUGUGUUGCGGAUGAAGCCAGAUAGCUCCUCCUCCUCGCUGCUGAGGCCACGCUUGAGGCCCAGGCAGGACCACAGCUCCUUCAGCCAGGACUGGUCUCCGUUCUCCAGGCAGAGGCUGUCGGCCCUCAGCUCUCAGGAGGACUACCGCAGCGAAGAAAGCGAAGAGUUUGGGCCAGUGUUCAUUCAGGAGCCCGAUGACGCCAUCUUUGCCCUGGACUCAGAGGAUAAGAAAGUCAUGAUGAGCUGUGAAGCCAGAGGAAACCCUGCUCCCUCCUACAGUUGGCUGAUCAAUGGAACAGAUGUGGAUGUAGAGGCGGAUUUCCGCUACAGUUUGAUUGACGGGAACUUGAUAAUAAACAACGCCAGCGAAGCCAUCGAUUUUGGGAAGUACCAGUGCAGAGCGGAAAACAGCGUCGGAGCUGUCCUGAGUCGAGAAGCCCUCCUGCAGUUCGCCUAUCUGGGUGUUUUCAGCACUCGAGCGAGAGGAGGUGUGUCGGUGAGAGAAGGCCAGGGAGUAGUGCUUAUGUGUACCCCUCCUCCACAUUCACCAGAGAUCAUCUACAGCUGGGUGUUCAACGAGUUCCCCUCGUUCGUGGCGGAGGACAGCCGGCGCUUCAUCUCGCAGGAGACGGGCAAUCUGUACAUCUCCAAAGUGCAGCCCUCGGACGUAGGCAGCUACAUCUGCCUGGUGAAGAACACCGUGACCAACGCCAGGGUCUUGAGCCCGCCGACGCCGCUGACGCUCAAAACAGAUGGUGUGAUGGGGGAGUACGAGCCCAAAAUCGAAGUGCAUUUUCCACCGACGGUCCUGGCUGCGAAAGGAGUGACGGUGCGACUGGAGUGCUUUGCCCUGGGGAACCCUGUUCCGACUAUCACCUGGAGGAAGAUCAACGGAAACAUCCCCAAAAAGGCCCGCCUGCGCAAAUCUCAGGCUGUGUUGGAGAUACCCAACAUUCAGCUGGAGGAUUCAGGGAGCUAUGAGUGCAAGGCAGAGAAUUCACGAGGAGGCACGGCCUUCCGGGGACACCUCCAGGUGUACACCAUGCCCCAGUGGAUCAGUAUGAUAAAUGACUCCCAGCUGGACAGUGGAGAGCAGUUACAGUGGGAGUGCAGAGCCACAGGGAAGCCCAGGCCCACCUACCGCUGGCUGCGCAACGGCGAACCACUGAGCCCACAGAACAGAGUGGAGAUGCUGAACGGCGAGCUGAUCAUCCACAGAGUGCAGCAGGCCGACUCCGGCAUGUACCAGUGCGUCGCCGAGAACAAGUACGGAGCCAUCUACUCCAGCGCCGAGCUCAAAAUACUGGCAUCAGCGCCCAUGUUCAACACUAACACAGUGACCAUCAUCGCAACAAUGGGCAAAGAUAUUUCUCUGGAGUGCAGACCGCGAGCUUCACCCAAGCCCCGGAUAACAUGGAAGAAAGGAGACCGGAGAGUCCAGGCCAACAGGAGAAUUAUGCUGCUCCGCAACAACACACUGCGUAUUGUCAACUCCAGCCGCGCUGACGAGGGGAGCUACGUGUGCCGGGCUGAGAAUCAGUUCGGAUCAGCUGAGAUGACCACCACGCUACUGGUCAAAGAGGCCAUGAAGGUGGAGCUGAGCCCGAAGCGUGUGGAGGUGACCGUGGGGGAGAGCGUGGUGCUCAGCUGCAAGGCCACACACGACCCCUCGCUCGACGUCAACUUCCUCUGGCUUCUCAACAACCAGCCGCUCAACGCCCAGCAAGACGGCGGUCACUUCGAGUACAUCCGAACACAGUCCUCCACGGCAGACCUGAUGAUCAGAAGCAUCCUCCUGAAGCAUGCUGGGAAAUAUGGCUGCCGGGUGCAGACGAGCGCAGACACGGUGCUGGCUGAAGCCGAAUUGCUCGUGAGAGGCCCCCCGGGACCUCCUGGAGUGGUCAUUGUGGAGGAGAUCACGGAUACUACAGCAACGCUCUCGUGGAGCCACGGCGUGGACAACCACAGCCCCAUCACCACCUAUAACCUUCAGGCCCGCAGCCCCUUCUCUUUAGGCUGGCAGACAGUCAAAACAGAUCCAGAGCCCGUGACCGGAGAUAUGGAGUCUGCCAUGGCCGUAGAGCUGAACCCUUGGGUUGAAUACGAGUUCCGAGUGGUGGCUACCAAUUCUAUUGGGACAGGAGACCCCAGCACACCAUCUAGGGCUGUCCGGACCAAAGAAGCAGUUCCAUCAGUAGCUCCAGCCAACGUAAGCGGAGGGAACGGGCGCAGACACGAGCUUGUCAUAUCCUGGGAGCCUGUUUCAGAAGAAUUCCAGAAUGGGGAGGGCUUUGGAUACAUUGUGGCGUUCCGAGCCAAUGGGACGCGGGGGUGGAAGGAAAAGAUGGUGACAUCAGCGGAUUCUACCACCUACAAGUACAGGGAUGAGACAUUCCCUCCCCUCACCCCUUUCGAGGUUAAGGUGGGGGUGUACAACAACAAAGGCGAUGGGCCCUUCAGCAAAGUGGUCACUGUGUUUUCCGCAGAAGGAGAGCCCCGGGAAGCCCCCACUGAGGUGAAAGUGUCUGGCAUGUCCUCCUCCGAAAUCAAGGUGACGUGGAAGGCACCCAGCCCUGGCCCUGGAAGACCUGAGGGAUAUGAGGUGAGCUACUGGAAGGACAUGGAACAGGAGGAGUCAGGGAAGAAGAAAAGGACAGUGGGGAAUGAGACAGUCAUUCUGCUGUCCGGCCUGGAUGGAAACACGGCGUAUCUGAUCACAGUCAAAGGCUUCAACAGCAUUGGCCAGGGCCCACCCAGCGCCUCUGUCAGAGCCACCACUAAGAAAAACCCUCCCAGCCAACCACCAAGCAAUGUGAUGUGGAUUCAGGAGGGAAACAAUGUGUCCUUAUCCUGGGAUCCAGUGAAGGCAAUGGAAAACGAGUCUGACGUUAUUGGGUACAAGGUGUUAUUGCGCCAGGAGGGGCGGGGUCACAGCCAGGUAAUGCGGACCCCGAACUCAGCAGCCGUUCUGGUGCUUCCUGAAGGAGGUACAUACAUCAUUGAGGUGCGCGCUGUCAGCGAGGGAGGUGAGGGAGCUGCCAGCUCCCAAAUCAGAGUGCUCACCUCCUCAGGUGUGCGGGCGAAGAGUGGACAGCUUUCUGUGCACAGUCUGCCAUCAAACUUAGCAUGGACUCCUUUACUCCUGGUCCUGAUGGUGCCUUCUGCCCCCUGGUGAGGCUACUGAGCCAUGCCCCACUCCAACCCCCCGCGCCCCCGCCCCCCUCGCGCCCCCGCCCCCUCGUGAAGGGAAUAGACUCUCCCUGCUCCACACAGACUGCCUGCGUCAGCCUGAACCAUCUACAGGACCUGGGGUCUAGCCAAGGGGAAGCUUUCUAUUUCUUUUCCAAACCAGGACUGAUUUCGGAACCGUCUGCAUCCCUUUGGUCAUUUCGUCUAUACAUUUUCUUCCCCUUACUAUUUCCUUUCAAGGUUUCUCUGUUGAAUAUUAUUGUAGUAGUGUGCUGUACAUUGUGCAGUUAUGAAAUUACAAACUGCUGGGCUUCUGUUUUUCAAAAGCAACAGUCUACCAGCCUCCACAGGGCUCCUGGAACAGCGGAUAGAGAGGAGAACAAACUUUUUUUCCCUGUCCCGUAGCUGCUGAGGCAGAGCACUGCCUGGCCUUACACCCCCUAAAGCCCCCUUUUUUUCCAUUCUCCAUCACUUUACCCCUUGGCUGCCUAACAAGCAACGCAGUGAAAGCUCCUUAUGGAUAAGUGCAUUGUUUUCUUAUUGACACAUGAAGUAAGAGAGGAGAGGAAGAAGACGACAACAAAAGAAAAAAAAAAGUUUUUUAUAUAGUGCCGAGAGUCUUACUAUUUCCAGACUUCCUUUUUGUACAUCAUGUUACCUUUAGGGGAACAAAAAGGAGAAAAAGUGGUGUGUAUCAGUCGGCUGUGUCAGGGGUUUUUCAGACCCUGUCCAUAAGUAUCUGGGUAUUCUUAAAACAUAGUUUUUCCCUGCUUUUUUCCCCUCUUGUCCACGAGAAAACAGCAUUUCCAGUCACAGAAAAUGGAAAAGAAAAAACGCUGUCCAGAAAGGAGACUUUUGAAAACUUGAAAACAUUUUCAGUGUUUUUAUGAAUUAUGCUGUUAAAUUUUGCGCGUUUUCAUUUAUUGAGCAUGCAGAACUCUAACAUGUUUACAGCUGAAUUUAGCUUUACUUUACAUUUGCAUGGUAACGCAGUGGCGUUAGAAUGUACUGCAGUCAGUUCAGCUUGAUUGCAAAUCUAAAGAUAUGUGACUACAUGAUAAUUAACCAACAUCAGAUUUAAAUAUAAUUCAAAUAUAAUUCAAACAGAGUUAAAAGCUAAGAAAAACAAGACUGUUCAGGCAGAGAAGCUGAGUGUUUCAGAGGUUUACGAAGAAGGUUUUUCAAGAUUUUAUUUUCUGGCAGAAAUCUGACUUUGAGUCUUUGUGAAAUGUCUAAUUAUGGAGGUCUGACGGCCUGCAACUGAAAGCCUUGCCGCCACUUCAUUGGAAAACCUCUGAGCUCUGUGGUUUACUGUAUAUUUUGUGCAAAGCAGAUGCUCACCGUGUUAUUCUUGAAACAUAUGACAUCAAAUUUUAUGCCCCCUAACAGGGCUGGUAUCCUCAUGUUUUUUACGCCCUCUGUGGAUGGAGAUUUACAAAAAUGUUAGUGUUUGUAAAGAUUUUUUUAAAACGGGGAAAAAACUUUUUAAAAAUAUCCAGAUUAGAGUGGACGAGGCCUUAGUUUGUUAGUUUGUUUUGGUUUCUUUCUUUGUUUUUGUUUAUAUUAUUGUGUGUGUGUGUGAGCGUGUGUGCGCAUGGGUGUGUGUGUGUGUUUUCAGACACACAGGCGAGGCUGCUGGGCUUCUGCGUGAGUGUUUGAGGUAGGCUAGAGGGCUUGGGGCUCACCUGUAGUGCCCAAACACAUCAUUAGACAAAGACAAAGACCACUCUGUGAAGAGUCAUGGUGACAGCUGAAAAUAAAUGUGAUGUAUAUUUUUAA